GGCCUGGCCUGUGAUUGGCUGAUGGGGGCGAGUGGGCGGGCUUGGUGCGGGUCUCUCUUCCACAGAUAUCAGCACUGAGAGAAAGAGACGCAGCUCUCAUCACUGCUCUCUCUCCUUCCUUCUAUCUUCUUCUUGUUCUUCCUCACCCUCCUCCUCAUCUUCUCCAGAACGGAAACUCUUCUUCUCCCCCCCCUUUAAGAAAACAGACGGGUAGGUCUAACUCCUGGCCUUUAUCCUCAUCAUCUUCACCGUCCUCGGAGAAAGAAGGACAGGGAGCUCCCUGACCCCUUGCCCCCCCCGGGUCACCAUGGCAACGGUCAUCUGCACUCGGUUCACCGAGGAGUUUCAGAUGUAUGAAGAGUUGGGAAAAGGAGCGUUUUCUGUGGUGCGCCGCUGCGUGAAGGUUCUGUCGGGUCAGGAGUACGCUGCCAAGAUCAUCAACACCAAAAAACUCUCUGCCAGAGAUCAUCAGAAACUGGACCGCGAAGCUCGCAUCUGUCGAUUACUGAAGCACCCAAACAUCGUGCGGCUCCAUGACAGUAUUUCAGAGGAGCUUCAUCAUUACCUCAUCUUUGACCUGGUAACGGGCGGGGAGCUGUUUGAAGAUAUUGUAGCCAGAGAAUAUUACAGUGAAGCUGACGCCAGUCACUGUAUCCAGCAGAUUUUGGAGGCGGUGCUACAUUGUCACCAAAUGGGCGUUGUCCACAGAGACCUGAAGCCUGAGAACCUGCUGCUGGCCUCAAAGUCUAAAGGGGCGGCGGUGAAACUGGCAGAUUUCGGCCUCGCCAUCGAGGUGGAGGGAGACCAGCAGGCCUGGUUUGGCUUUGCAGGGACACCUGGUUACCUGUCCCCGGAGGUUUUGAGGAAAGACCCUUAUGGCAAAGCUGUCGACCUUUGGGCCUGUGGUGUGAUUCUCUACAUCUUAUUGGUUGGUUAUCCUCCAUUUUGGGAUGAAGAUCAACAUCGUCUCUACCAGCAAAUCAAAGCUGGAGCUUAUGAUUUCCCUUCUCCUGAGUGGGACACGGUGACUCCUGAAGCUAAAGACCUCAUUAAUAAGAUGUUAACCAUCAACCCGUCUAAAAGGAUCACAGCAGCCGAGGCUCUCAAGCACCCCUGGAUCUCUCACCGCUCUACCGUGGCCUCCUGUAUGCACCGGCAGGAGACCGUUGAGUGUCUGAAGAAGUUCAACGCCAGGAGGAAACUCAAGGGAGCUAUCCUCACCACCAUGUUGGCCACCAGGAAUUUCUCCGGAGGCAAGAGCGGCAACAAGAAGGCCGACGGCGUCAAGGAAUCAUCUGAGAGCACAAACACCACCAUUGAGGAUGAAGACACUAGAGUGAGGAAACAGGACAUCAUUAAAGUGACGGAGCAGCUCAUCGAGGCAAUCAGCAAUGGAGACUUUGAGAGCUAUACUAAAAUGUGCGACCCGGCUGUCACGGCGUUCGAGCCCGAGGCGCUGGGGAAUCUGGUCGAAGGCCUUGACUUCCACCGCUUUUAUUUUGAAAACUUGUGGUCUAAGAACAGUAAGCCGGUCCACACCACCAUCCUGAACCCCCACAUCCACCUGGUGGGAGAGGAGGCCGCCUGCAUCGCCUACAUCAGAGUGACUCAGUACAUCGACGCCAACGGGACGCCUCGCACCGCCCAAUCAGAGGAGACCCGCGUGUGGCACCGCCGCGACGGCAAGUGGCAGAUCGUCCAUUUCCACCGCUCGGGCUCGCCCUCCACGCUGACCAACUAAACCUCCGGCGUGGGCGGGUCUCUGCACUGUCGCUUUGAUAACUGAUUGAUUGACAGCAAGGCCAGGCUUGCGACACCAGACAGGAAGUUUGAACAAGAGGGGCGGAGCCAGAGAGCAGCAAAAUGCACAAUCAACCAAUCAGCUUCCACCUCACGCCCCCUUGUGACCAGCUGCUCCGAUUGUGAUACUGUGUGAAAACCUCUUAUGUCGUCAGUGGGGAUGAUUGACAGCAUCAACGGCUCCUUCGCGUCUCUUACAAGGCUUUUGAUCACGUGGUUUGUUCUUUUUAUUACAUUUUAAUAACAUAAAGUAUCAAGAUAUUUAUCAGGUUUAUAAGAUCAUGGGACACAUUCAUGUUAUUUUAAUAAUUAUAAUAUUAUAAUCUCAAUUGAAUAACAGUUUUUAGCUAUUAUUUAUUUAAAAAUAAUUGUUAUUCAUUCAUGGAGCCUGGGGGGUAAAAAAUUGAUAAUUAUUCUAAUUCUGCUCGUUAUGUUUCCCUCAUACAGCAUUUAAAGUUUAAAGUUGCUCAGUAAUUCUGUUGAAUGUGAAUGUAAUAAUAAGAUUAUUCAUAUGUAACUAGAGAAUAAGACAGAUUUGAUUGUUUAGAGUCAAAAAGGUUGAAUUCAUGAAGUCGUGACUUGGUGAAACAGAUUAAAUAUAAUAUUUAAUAUGAGUUGAAGAAGUGGAGGAAUCGAGGAUGUUCAUCUCUGCUUCCGGCGCCUUGGAGAGCGCCGCCAGCUUCCUGCUCUCCGAGCCGCCAUCUUCCAGGACCUCGUUAGCCACGAGCCGCGCGCCUCGCUGCCGCUUUCACAUUUUAGAGGAAAAGGCUGUAGGAGGAGGAUGAAAGAGUGUUUUUCAGAGUUCAUGUGUGGUUUGUAAUGCACAAUGGCGCCGACUUUCGAUGGUUAUCGGAACGCUUGGAGCUUGGGAGUAAAACAACUAAACAUACGACGCUUUGACAGCCAAUCAGAAUUAGCGACCCAAUGACCCGUCAUCUGUUGCCGGGAGCAACGUUAAUCCGUCUCAUCGGUACGGAGGCCCAGAGGUGCUAAUAUCAAAAUUCAUACAGAGGAACCAGUUUUAUUAACAAUAAUACAAUAAAAAAGAAACAGACGUGAAAAAAGAGCCAAAUCGACAUAAACAUGAAUCUUAUGAAAAACAUUCAAACAAUCAAUUCUUGGAUUAUAUUGUGUAUGCUGAUGAUGUCUUGUUCUGUUGUUAUUUACAUCCACUGAGGGAAGCAAUAACAGUUCAACCAAAACAUGAAGUGACUUCAUUAAUGAACAUCAGUGUGUUUUUGGUGCAUUUUGGCUCCUCUGAGCUUCCGUACUUCAGGGUUCAAUAACUGAUAUUUCAACAUUUAGUACAAACAAAAGCUGCUUUUAGGAUUUUUAGGUGAAACACGAGGUGUUUGAUUAUUAAUGGAGUUUCAUUCUGUGAUUUUCUGCAUGCGGGACUUUUCCUUUUUGUGUUUUCUUUCCGCUUCGGUCCCUGUUGCUCUUUUUGUUUUUCCAACUUGUUAGCUUUGCUAGCAUUUCUCAUCUGGAGCAAUGGCUUCUGCUAGCUGCGAGCUAACAAGACGUCUUUGAUGUUCUGCGGAUGAUGGCUUGUUGUGUUUGUCUAAGUUGCUUUUGUUCAGAGAAUGUAGAACUUUGUACAAUCAGAUUAUUAGCAGCCUAUUCUAGUUAUUCUUAUUAUUGUGGGUUAAUAUCACGUUUGUAUAUUUGAAAGCUUUCUGACUUUGGACUGUAAGUGUUAUGUUCUCGUGACUCCGUUUCGCAAUGCUGUGAAUGUUUAACGAUGGACAUCUGAUUCUUCACAUUUUAAGGAAAGGGGGACGAUGGAGACACCAAACGCGACUAACUCCACUUUGACCUUUGAAGAAGGUUUUAUUUCUGCAGUGAGCGGAGCACGUUGGUGUCAAUGCUCAGUUAGAAGCACGUUCCCCACACACACCCCACAGUCAGGAAUGCUAAACAUGCUAACAGCGCUAACAAACCCAGGAGAUACCAAACCUUUGAACCUAUUGGCAAAUUAAUAGAUUAACUAGAAUACUUUUUCAUUAUUGUUUUAUUUGAGAUGUUUCAGGACAACAUGAGACAGGUUGACCUCUAUUUUCUCCACUUUAUAAACUCUUAUUUUUAGAGAAGAAGAAGAUUUGAACGUGUCUCAUCUAACGGCAGUAGAAGAAGCGAUUCUAUUGGAGGGCCGAUCGAUCACAUGACGAAUCAUCGUGUAAUAAACAAACCUCAGUAUUUAAUCAUUAGCUUGCAUUACAGUAUUAAUGGAAGUAAGUAUUUGGUAUCAGUCUGACGCUCGCUGGGUUUACGUUUCGAGUGUUUCAAAAUAAAAGCAAAGGUCAAACGGGGUCGUGAUGUUUCCUGUCAGCCAUGUUUCCACCUUCCUUAAUCAAUAACCAAUGAUCAAUAAGCUAAGCUUUUUCUAUGAUGGAUAUUGUGAUGUUCUGUAUUAACUGGACUCCAAUGGUGCAUGCUCAUUGUGUAUAACAGUGUGUGUGUGUGUGUAACAGUGGCUUGUGUGAUUGUGUAACUGUGUGUGAGCGAGAGAGAAAGAGAGAGAAAGUGUUUUUAAUCCUUUAAAGAAGUGUUUCUGCUUCUGUAUCGUGUUCAUAGUGUUUCUGUAAAUAAACAGAAGUGUUUAAAAGCU